GCACAUUAGCAUUUUGAAGUCACUUGCACAUUUGUGUUCAGAAUAUUUGAAGAAGAGAAGGCCCCUCAGCUGAGGAAAAUGGCCGACGUUGAGAUGGACAUCGCGUCCACAAGAAUGAAUAAUGGCAACGAACACGUGAAGCAGGAUCUGGAGAUCCAAGAAAGAAGUGGAAAUGAGGACAGCGGAGAUAUGUCGGAGGAAGAGGGGGAAGAAGAGGAAGAGCAGGCAGAGACUAAUGGUGAGAAGACAGAAGAUGGGCCCAAACAUCACAGCAGCAGCGGUAAACAUAAGAGGAAAAAACAUAAGCAUCGUAGUAAGCACAAAAAACACAAACAUGCCUCUGAUGAAGACAAGGACCGCAAACGCAAGCAUCGUCACAAACACCGGAAACACAAACGCAAAGAGGCGCCCUCUCCCUCCGCUGCCGCCGCCCUCUUUGCCUCCUCCGCCCACAAAAAAGUUGAAUCCUCUCCCUCCUCUGGGAAUCCAAGCCUGGACGACAGGGCCCUGCUGGAGGAUUUGGAGAAACGGAGGGCCAUGAUCAAAGCUGAGCUGGACAGCCAGUUGAUGGAGGGCAAGGUCCAGUCGGGAAUGGGCCUUAUCCUUCAGGGUUAUAACUCUGGAUCUGAAGAGGACGGAGAUGGUAGGAUCAGAAACGGAGAGCCGCGUCAAAGGGUCAGCUCAGGUAAACCCAUUUCUCCCAGAGGGGGAAAAGGAGGGAAGUCGAGACGUGAAUCGACAGAGGCCAGUAAGUCCAGCUCCAAGCGCCGCAGUCGGAGCAAGUCAGCGGAGAAGCCGGGACAGGCCAAGGAGUCCAAGCAGGACAAGGUGAACAAAACCACCAAGGACUCGGCUGUUAAGGACCGAGGCCGCGGCAGAAGCCGCUCGAAGGACAGAAAACAUUCGGACACCACUGAUAGGUCCAAGGAGCGAGCCGGGAAGUCCAACUCCCCCGGCGCCCGGAGAGCCGAGCAGAAAGGCGGCCGCGCCGAUAAACGUUCCCCCCCACAGCGGGACGACAGACCAAACCAGGAGAGAGCGGGGCGCCGGUCCAGAUCGCCUGGACGAGAGCGACCGGGUCGCUCGGACGCCGACCGGGACAAGCGGCCCGCCAAGUCCCCGUCCAAGGAUGCGUCUUCGGGGAAGGAGAACCGCUCCCCUCACAGACGAGGGCUUCACAGCCCCUUGAGGAAACGCAGCGCUUCCCCUCGCCACCGAGACGCCCACCACCCGCCGGCAGGUGCCUCAGACCGGGCCGCGAAACCGAGCUACUCUCCGUCCAAAAUCAGGUCUCCGCCCAGGAGAGCCCGCAGCCGCUCGCCGGACGCCAGGAGGAGGGACGCCGACAGGCAGGACUCGCCAAUGAGGAAGCGCCUGCGGCCUGAUGCCGGGCCGGGCAGAGAUCGGUCACGUGACAACAGUCCCAGAGCAGCACCAGCUCGCCGCAGGAUGAGCCGCUCGCCGUUUAGACGGAGGUCACCACUGUCACCACGACGACGCUCCCGGUCGUCCCCCCGGAGACGGAGCAGAUCUCCGUUGGGACACAGGUCUGGGGAGAGAGACCGGUACGGACGGCUCAGACAGUACCGCCGCUCAAUGUCCCGCGACCGGGGAAGGAGAAGGAGACGCAGCCGAGAUGAGGACAAGUUCAAGGGCAGCCUUUCAGAGGGCAUGAAAGUCGACAAGGAAUCCUCAGAAGAAGAACCGUUAGAGGACUUUGACGGAGAGGAGGUAGAUGAAGAAGCUCUGAUUGAACAGCGCCGGCAGCAGCGUUUGGCCAUAGUUCAGAAAUACAAGGUCGGCACCGACGACAGCAACGCGAUGUCGGAGCCCAGCAGCCCCCAGAGCAGCACGCGCAGCCGCUCCCCCUCCCCCGACGACAUCCUCGAGCGAGUGGCCGCCGACGUCAAGGAGUACGAACGCGAGAACCUCAACACCUUCGAGGCCAGCAUCAAAGCCAAGCACAACCUCAUCGCCCAGGAGAAAGACGGAGCCAACCCGAAGAAGCCUUCAGCCCCCGACAUGUUUACGGAGUCAGAUGACAUGUUUGCUGCUGACUUUGAUAACGCCAGGAUGAGAGCAGCAGGUGUAGGGAAGGACUUCAAAGAGAACCCCAACCUCCGGGACAACUGGACAGAUGCUGAGGGCUACUACCGGGUGAACAUCGGGGAGACGCUGGACAAGCGCUAUGACGUUUAUGGCUACACCGGCCAGGGAGUUUUCAGCAACGUGAUCAGAGCGAGGGACACUGCCCGGGCCGGCCAGGAGGUGGCAGUCAAGAUCAUCCGCAACAAUGAGCUCAUGCAGAAGACCGGAUUGAAAGAGUUGGAAUUCCUCAAGAAGCUGAAUGACGCUGAUCCCGAUGACAAGUUCCACUGCCUUCGCCUCUUCAGGCACUUCUACCACAAGCAGCAUCUCUGCCUGGUGUUUGAGCCUCUCAGCAUGAAUUUGCGUGAGGUCUUGAAGAAAUACGGUAAGGACGUCGGGCUCCACAUCAAGGCUGUGCGUUCCUACAGUCAGCAGCUCUUCCUGGCCCUCAAGCUGCUGAAACGAUGCAACAUACUCCACGCCGACAUCAAGCCGGACAACAUCCUGGUGAACGAGUCAAAGACUAUUUUGAAGCUCUGUGACUUUGGUUCUGCGUCCCACGUCGCUGACAAUGACAUCACCCCGUACCUGGUCAGCAGGUUCUACAGAGCUCCGGAGAUCAUCAUAGGGAAGCCGUACGACUACGGGAUUGACAUGUGGUCGGUCGGCGUCACCUUGUACGAGCUUUACACUGGAAAAAUCCUGUUCCCUGGAUCCUCUAACAAUCACAUGAUCAAACUAGCCAUGGACCUCAAGGGCAAGAUGCCCAACAAGAUGAUCCGUAAAGGCCUGUUCAAAGACCAGCACUUUGAUUCGAAUUUGAACUUCCUGUACAUUGAAGUAGACAAAGUGACAGAGAGGGAGAAGGUGACGGUGAUGAGCACCAUCAACCCCACCAAGGACCUGCUGGUGGACAUGAUAGGAGGCCAGCGGCUGCCCGAGGACCAGAGGAAGAAGGUGAUGCUGCUGAAGGACAUGCUGGACGGCACCUUGAUGCUGGACCCGGCCAAGCGCAUCACCAUCAACCAGGCCCUGCAGCACGCCUUCAUCCAGGAGAAGAUCUGAGACCCUCGCAACGCGCAGAGCAGACAAAGAACCGACCACUAAACCAGCUCUGACCAGAACGCACUCUGCAGUGAAGCAGCCCGCCCACAGACGGGGUUGUUUUUGUUUUCUUCCUCGUUUUUAUUUUGUUUAUGAAUUCACGAUUGCGUUUUAUUGUAAAUAGAUCAUUGAAAUGGUAACCCUCCUUUAAGGCAUUGAUUUUGCGAUUCAUCAUUGUAAACUUCCCCUCACACCCGACGAUGCAGUUAUGGACACUUCUUUUUUUCUUUUUUUUUUCCUUUUUUUAAAUUGAACUGCCAUUGGCGUGAAAGAUGUUGAAAAGAAUAUAAUUCCUGUAAAUACUGUGUGUCGAUCACAUUAACGAUUUCAAGCAGCAGACGGUUGAGUCUUGUCGUAAUUUCAGAAGACAAAAAUACAUCAGUUUGUUUUUGUUUUUUUUAAAACCACAAUUCUCAUUGUGGGGCGAUGCAUGCUUUUGAAUGUGCACCCUUUGUGCUCUAGAUUUCCGUGGUGCAGAACUGUGUAAAUGCUCUGUAUGUCCAUCAGUGCCCCCCCCCCCUCUCUCCUCCCCAGUCUUCAGGCUUUGAAGUCUGUAUUGAAGGAAUAAAUGCAUAUUAUGUACUCCUUGUACCAGAUUUUCUUUUUUCAAAGCAGGAAGUCAUUGUUUUCUGUUGCUGGACAUUUCCAUGUUUUUUUUUUAACCCCCCCCCCCUCCCUACAGCACUCUGGCUUGGUCCUGGCUCUCAAGGCUCUCACAUUCAAGUGCCUCCUGUAUGAGCCUAGUGCGCUACAACACCCGACCAUGUGGGCCUGUUGAAGCCACACCUGUAACUCUCCCCUCCCAAAUGUUGUAUAUAGCCCAUAGUUACUGUCAUUUCAUGUGUGAUUAUUUUUUUUCCCAUUAAGUGGUAAAAGGAAUUUGUGAUUUCAAUAAAGAAUAGUUGUGGAAACACUG